ACUAGAAAAAGACUCGGCCGGAAUCCCCUUAGAGGCAAUGUAGGCACUGAGGCGCGCUGGGCUCAUCGUUCGCCCGCAGCCACUCUUCAUUCAGGAAUCCACACGCAUUCUUUGGGCAAUAAAAAUGAAAGUGUCCAGCAUCGACUGCCGCCACUUGCGGAGGAUCAUCAGGAAGGAGCGCGGGAGCUGCCUUAUCGUGGACUGUCGACCUUACUUGUCAUUUACGAACUCCAACAUCAGAGGCUCCGUCAACGUCAAUCUCAACUCCGUGGUGGUCCGGAGGUCGCGGGGAGGACCGGUGCCUCUGCAGUUCGUCAUCCCGGACGAGAGAGCCCUCGCCCGGCUUCGUGAGGGGAGCAUAUCGGCGGUGGUGGCUCUGGACGACCGGACGUCCCACUGGCAGAAGCUGAAGAAGGAAAGCGUAGCACAAAUAGUCAUAAACACCCUGACGCAUGUGGCCAACGGGACCAACAUCUGCUUCUUAAAAGGAGGAUAUGAGAACUUCCACUCCCAAUACCCAGAACUUUGCACUGAAGGUGAAAGCAUCGAGCAGAGCGGAACUGAAAGCGAGAAAAGAGCCAGCAGUGAGAAGCUUGCUCACCACAAACCACUUUAUGAUCAGGGUAAACCUGUGGAGAUCCUGCCUUUCCUCUACCUCGGUAGUGCCUACCAUGCCUCCAGGCAGGACUAUCUCACCGACCUUCACAUCACUGCCUUGCUCAACGUGUCACGCAGGGACAUGCACUCGGCCAAGGGCCACUACAACUACAAGUGGAUCCCAGUGGAGGACAGCCACGUGGCAGACAUCAGCUCCCACUUCCAAGAGGCAAUAGAAUUUAUCGAUCACAUAAAGCAAUCUGGGGGAAAGGUCCUCGUGCACUGUGAAGCGGGCAUCUCUCGUUCCCCCACCAUCUGCAUGGCCUACAUCAUGAGAACCCAGCAGCUGAGACUGGAUGCAGCAUUCGAUAUCAUCAAGCAGCGCCGGGCCGUUAUCUCACCCAACUUUAGUUUCAUGGGUCAGCUGCUGCAGUUUGAGUCAGAAGUCCUUUCGACGGCGCCCACUCAUGCCGCCACACCUGAACCCGCCACUCCCUGUGCCCCAGAGUCUGCUUCUUUUUUUGCCAAUGACAUCAGCACCUCCUUCAACACCAAAAACUUUGAGCCAUCUGUAUUCACCCUCCCUACCUCUUGCCUGAAGUCCCCAGUCCAUCAUCAGUUCAAGCUGAGCCCAAUAACUGCACUGCCUUAAAAAAAAAAGAAAGAAAUGUGACUGCUUUUAGUCUUACUUGAAAAUGAAUCAAAUGUAAAAGCUCCCUGUGUGCCUGGUGUUGAAACCAGCAGACCAGACUAGAGAAAAGAAAGUCUAAAUUGGUAGUAAUACACAUUUCAUGGGAUGACGCUGAUGCUGCAGGCAGUGACAACAGCACAGUGAUAAACCUGCAAUAUACAUGCCUUAGGUUGAUAUUGUGAUUUCUGUGUUUAUUCACAAAGUCAGUCAGGCGUUUAAAUUUAUUUAAAAUUGUAAUCUUUUUUUCCAGUAAUGUUGAUGUUGAUGUGUUUAAUAAAAGUUGAAAAAGA